AUGGCGGCCACAAAAAUGACCAAGAACCAAAUGCGGAGGGCCAAGAAGAAGGAGCAGAAGAAGGCCCAGAAACCCGAGUCUACAGGCGAAUCUCGCCAAGAAAAAGACCAAAAGAAAGAUCAAGCAGAAGAUGUAGCCGAUGCCAACAAGGAUGAAAUUAACAACCACACCGCCGAACCUCCCGUCACCAUAGAUGCACCUGUCCUUGACGAUUCUCUCGACGAGGACCCCGCUUUUUCUGUGUACAAAGACAUAUUUACCAAGUUUGGCGCCUCAUUGGGGGAGGAUGAGGUGGCCAAGGAGGCGAAUGCUGGCAACCAAGGCACGGUUUUUCUUGGAGACGAUGAUGGUAUCCCUGACGAGGAAGAGGAAGAUGAGAAGCCCAAGCUAUCGAAGAAGAAACGAAAGGAACUCAACAAGCUUUCAGUGGCUGAACUGAAGGCGCUGGUGUCCAUCCCAGAAGUUGUCGAGUGGCAUGACGUGUCUUCGUCUGACCCGCGAGUCUUGGUUCAGAUCAAAGCUCAGCGAAAUGUGGUACCAGUCCCAACCCACUGGUCGCUCAAACGAGAAUAUCUAUCAUCCAAGAGGGGCAUUGAAAAGCCGCCCUUUCGACUACCUCAAUUCAUCUCCGACACUGGAAUCACUGAGAUGCGAGAUGCUGUGCUCGAGAAACAAGCCGAGCAGACCUUGAAGCAGAAGCAGAGGGAACGAGUCGCGCCGAAGAUGGGCAGGCUAGAUAUCGAUUACCAGAAGCUCUACGAUGCUUUCUUCCGCUUCCAAACAAAACCGGAGCUUACUCGGUUCGGCGAAGUAUACUAUGAGGGCAAGGAGGCAGAAGUCGACUACCAACACUUUCGACCUGGUGACUUAACCGAUGCUACCAAGGAGGCCCUUGGGAUGCCGGCUGGGGCUCCUCCCCCCUGGUUGAUCAACCAGCAACGCUAUGGGCCUCCCCCAUCGUAUCCAACGCUCAAGAUUCCAGGCCUGAACGCCCCUCCACCUCCUGGCGGCUCAUGGGGCUUCCACCCUGGCGGAUGGGGUAAGCCCCCCGUUGAUGAGACUAACCGACCAUUGUAUGGCGGUGAUGUGUUCGGCCUCGCCCAAAACGGAGCUCAACCACAAGCAACACAAGCUCAAUUACAGAUGGGCGAAGCCGUCGAACGGACGCUUUGGGGCGAGCUGCAACCGCGGGAAGAGGAGUCGGAAGAGGAGGAAUCCGAAGAAGAGUCCGAGCAGGAGGAGGAUGCUGAUGCUGGAGGCCUGGAGACUCCUAGUGGCUUGGAGACUCCCAGCGGUUAUUCCACCAACUUGAACGAAUACGGCCCUGGCGUGGAGACCUCCGUAGCAGGCGAAAUGGACCUGCGAAAAGAGCGCCGAGGCUACGAUACCGAGGAAUCAUCGGCUCCUAGAUCGGCAUAUACAGUCCUGCCAGAACGGCAGGUGCGAGCAGAAGGCUUCUUUGGUAGUGACCGCGUCUAUGACCUCAAGGCCGGCCAGCGAGCUGGAAUGCCGGUCCUUGGCUCAGAAGAUGACUCUCGCAAGCGCAAGAAACCCGGCGAUGUAGAUGUUGCCCUCGACGUUGAUUCAUUAAAUCAGCAUGACGGCAUCAAUCGGGAUGCACUUAGGCAACAGUUUGAAGAGACCCGUAGACAGGAAGGGAUCGGAGCGAAGUGGGCUCAUGAUGAUGACCUCACUGAUCUUAUUGCCGAAGAGAGCCGCAAACGACAACGCACAGAAAAGGAGCGCCAGGAAAAGAAGAAGGAGAACCGGUAUAGGUUUUAA